AUGUCCUCUUCGGAGUCCUCGCCCAGAUCCUCAGACGACACCCUCGUCAGGCACCACUCCCCCUCCUCAUCGCAGUCUUCCACUUCGCCCACUGACGAGAAGCCACGCCGCCACGGCCUCCGUCUCCACCCUGCGUCUUCGACCUUGGCUAACCUGCUCCGGCGCAGGGACCCGGACGAAGAUGACGAGGACGCCGGCGCAGGGUACCUGAUGCGCGACCCGCGCGCCCACCGGAUCCAGAAGCUGCUGCUCGGGUGCAUCGGGGUGCUCUCGAUCCUGUGCGCGGCGCUCACCGUCGCCGUGGUGAAACUCAGCGUCACGCCCAACGACGUCUUCCGCCACGUCCCCGAGGCCAGGGCUGAAGUGAUCCACACGCCCGGCGUGAUGCCCCCGAUCCUGGGGCCCGAAUUCACGAAAAAGACGGUGCUCUUCCAACGUAACGAGUCGUUCAUGGGCUUCAAGGACAAGGCGUACCCUGCAUGGCACGAAAUCCUGCAUCGUGCACGCCACGGCCGCGUGGCAUUUGACAGCAUGCCCGGCGAGUUCUACGGCGUUGCCGGAUACCAUCAGCUGCACUGCGUGUGGCUCCUCCAGUGGGCCGUCGACUACUCGGUCCGCGGCAUCGUGCCCGACGAGUUGACCGCCGACCACAUGUUCCACUGCACCGAGUACCUGCGCCAGUCGGUCAUGUGCUACGCGGACCCGACGCUGGAGAGGCGCUUCGAGGGCAUCCUGGGGCCCUUCAGCGCCAACAACACCCACGUCUGCGGCGACUGGGACAAGUUGAUGGAUUGGGCCGACGACCAUAUCUAUCUCGGACCGUAUCUCAAUCCCACCACGAAGUUGCCACCCUAG